AUGGGCAAGGGCCGCGGCGCUGGCGGGGAGCGCGAGCAGGCAAGGGCCCCGACGGCCGGCUGCCGGCGCGAGCGCAGUCAAAUGCCGCGGCACUGGCGGGGAGCGCGAGGACGGGCCAGGGCCCCGGCGGCUGGCGAGGGCCGCGGCACGGGCGGGGAGCGCGACCACGGGCGAGCGCUGGGGCGGCUGGCGGCCAGCGCAAGCGCCGGCGAGGGCCGCGGCGGGUGCAUCGCCGGCGGGGAGCGCGAGUACGGGCGACGGCUGCGGCGACCAGUGGCCAGGUUGACACUGGUGAGGGCCGCAACGACAGGCGGGAAGUGCGAGUGCGGCGGCCACGGCACCGGCGGGGAGCGCGACGGGAAGGGCGACCGCGCGCCCCUUGGUGGCGAGGGCCGCGGCGGCCGGUAG